AUGUGGCAAGACACAAUGAGGAGAAGAAGAUAUUUGCUUAAUAGAACUGAUGAUGCCCCUGUCAAACAAAAGUCAACCGACUGGCUGUAUGAGUCGUAUUACUGCAUGAGCCAGCAGCAUCCUUUGAUUGUUUUCUUGCUUCUGAUUGUGAUGGGAGCCUGUUUGUCACUACUGGCUGUCUUCUUUGCUUCAGGGCUGGAUAUUGAGGAUCAUGUGGCUUUCCUAAUAACUGUUCCAACAGCCUUGGCUAUAUUCCUCACAAUUUUUGUUCUGGUCUGCGUGGAGUCUGUUUUCAGGAAGCUGCUGCACGUGUUUUCCCUUGUAGUUUGGGCAUGUCUGGUUGCUAUGGGUUACCUUUUCAUGUGCUUUGGUGGAGUCAUUUCUCCUUGGGAUCAGGUGUCCUUCUUCUUAUUCAUUAUCUUUGUGGUCUACACCAUGCUGCCCUUUCGUAUGCGAGAUGCUGUAGUUGCCAGCGUGCUGACAUCAUCCUCCCAUACCAUAGUGCUCAGCGUCUGCCUCUCAGCCACAACUAUCAUAAAGGAGCAUUUGGCUUGGCAGAUCAUGGCCAAUGUCAUCAUUUUCAUCUGUGGAAAUCUGGCAGGAGCCUAUCACAAGCACCUGAUGGAACUAGCCCUGCAGCAGACAUAUCAAGACACGUGCAAUUGCAUUAAGUCACGUAUCAAGCUAGAAUUUGAAAAGCGACAACAGGAACGCCUGUUACUGUCAUUGCUUCCUGCACAUAUUGCCAUGGAGAUGAAGGCUGAAAUCAUCCAGCGAUUACAAGGACCUAAGUCUGGUCAUUGCCAACUAGAAAAUACAAAUAACUUUCACAAUUUGUAUGUGAAGAGGCACACAAAUGUGAGUAUACUGUAUGCUGACAUUGUGGGUUUCACACGUCUGGCCAGUGAGUGUUCACCUGGGGAGCUUGUGCACACACUCAAUGAGCUAUUUGGCAAGUUUGAUCAAAUUGCAAAGGAAAAUGAUUGUAUGAGAAUCAAGAUUUUAGGGGACUGCUACUACUGUGUUUCCGGUUUACCAAUAUCCCUACCAAAUCAUGCCAAAAACUGUGUCAAAAUGGGGUUGGACAUGUGCGAAGCCAUAAAGAAGGUAAGGGAUGCCACAGGAGUUGACAUAAACAUGCGUGUUGGAGUACAUUCUGGGAAUGUUCUUUGUGGAGUCAUUGGAUUACAGAAAUGGCAAUAUGAUGUCUGGUCACAUGAUGUUACUCUUGCAAAUCACAUGGAAGCUGGAGGUGUUCCAGGACGUGUGCAUAUCACUUCUGUCACACUGGAACAUUUAAAUGGAGCUUAUAAAGUGGAGGAUGGAAAUGGCCACAUCAGAGACCCCUAUCUGAAGGAGCACAACAUCAGGACCCACUUGGUGAUUAACCCAAAGGUGGAGAAACGUAGCCCUCAACACCAUUAUAGACAUCGACACACUGCAGAUGGAGCUAAGAUGAGAGCUUCUGUCCGUAUGACCAGAUACCUAGAAUCCUGGGGAGCAGCCAAACCCUUUGCACAUUUACACCAUCGAGACAGUAUGACAACUGAAAAUGGCAAAAUCAACACCGUUGAUGUACCUAUGGUUCAGUACCAUUUCCAUCGACGCACAGAAAGAACAAAGUCGCAGAAAAGGAGAUUUGAGGAGGAAUUAAAUGAAAGGAUGAUUCGAGCAAUUGACGGAAUUAAUUCACAAAAGCAAUGGCUAAAAUCUGAUGAUAUUAAAAGAAUUUCCCUUUUCUUUCAUAAUCAAGAAUUAGAGAAAGAGUAUCGAGCAACUACACUUCCAGCCUUCAAGUACUAUGUCACCUGUGCUUGUCUCAUAUUUUUCUGUAUCUUCAUCGUUCAGAUUCUGGUGUUGCCAAAGACUUCUAUUCUUGGGAUUUCAUUUGGAACAGCUUUCCUUACACUUAUCUUCAUCCUCUUUACCUGUUUUGCAGGACAGCUCCUGCAUUGUAGCAAGAAGGCUUCAACAUCGUUGUUGUGGAUUUUAAAAUCAUCAGAGAUAAUUGCAAACAGACCUUUGCCACGCCUUACACUCACAAUGACAACCACCACAGUUAUAUUAGUUAUGGCCAUAUUUAACAUGUUUUUCUUGAAGAACUCAGUGGUACCUUCUGCCUCCGUUAACAGCACGAAUACAAGUUUGCAAUUUAUAAAUGGAAAGGCUCUGUGGUUUGUGCAUAAUGAUUAUUUCUUCCUGCCGUAUUUUCUAUACAGCUGUAUUUUGGGAUUGAUGUCGUGUUCUGUGUUCCUGCGAGUAAACUACGAGCUGAAGAUGGUGAUGAUGCUGAUUGCUGUGGUGGUUUACAAUGUAAUUCUUCUGCAAACCCAUUGCUCGCUCUUUGAUGAGUAUAGCAAAAUGCUAUACACAACUGUAAAGAUGGAAAGACCUGGUGUGCUGAAGGAUCUGAAGACAAUGGGCGUAAUUUCUCUUUUUAUUUUCUUCAUCACACUUCUUGUCCUGGCUAGACAGAAUGAAUAUUACUGUAGGUUAGAUUUCCUGUGGAAGAACAAAUUUAAAAGAGAAUGUGAGGAGAUAGAAACCAUGGAAAACCUCAACAGAGUGUUGUUGGAAAAUGUGCUUCCUGCUCACGUAGCUGAACAUUUCUUGGCUGAAAACUGGAAAAAUGAAGACCUUUACCAUCAAUCAUAUGAAUGUGUCUGCGUCAUGUUCGCAUCCAUCCCAGAUUUCAAAGAAUUCUAUACAGAGUCAGAUGUAAAUAAAGAAGGCUUAGAAUGUCUACGGUUACUGAAUGAAAUAAUUGCUGACUUUGAUGAUUUAUUGUCCAAGCCUAAAUUCAGUGGAGUAGAAAAAAUCAAAACCAUUGGGAGCACAUAUAUGGCAGCAACUGGGUUAAGUGCUGCCACAGUUCAAGAGUACAGUCAAGAGGCAGAUAGACAGUACACACACAUUGGAACCAUGUUAGAGUUUGCAUUCGCACUGAUGAUAAAACUUGAUGUGAUCAACAAGCAUUCUUUCAAUGACUUUAAGCUGCGUAUUGGUAUUAACCAUGGCCCUGUUAUUGCUGGAGUGAUUGGAGCCCAGAAACCACAGUAUGAUAUCUGGGGAAAUAGUGUCAAUGUGGCAAGCAGAAUGGACAGCACAGGAGUCCUUGGCAAGAUACAGAUAACAGAAGAAACCAGUAAGAUUUUACAAACACUUGGCUACAACUGCACAUGUAGAGGAAUAAUAAAUGUCAAAGGGAAAGGAGAGCUGAAAACGUACUUUGUAAAUACAGAAAUGACACGGUCGCUGUCGCAAGGAAAUCUGAUGACCUGA